AUGCAGAAGGACACCGGGGACCUCUGGGACGUCGCGGCGUCGCUCGACAACGUCGCCGUGGCGUACGGCGGCGACCGCAAGCUGGCGGCCCUCGAGAGAAGCACCAUGUUGCGUUCACAGCAGAUGCCCGUGUCCGAGGAGCAAGCCGGGCAGGAGGCGAAGCCCAACGAGGAGCAGGGAGCGGCCAGCGGCGCCAGCUCGUACAACGCCCGGAGCGGCGCGAUCUUCGGCAUCUUGCGGCAGAUGAAGGAGGAGUUCGAGAAGGAUCUCUCCACGGCCCAGAAGGAGGAGCUGCAGUCUCUGAUCUCCUUCCAGAGGCUCCGAGGGACCAAGACUGGCGAGAUACACGCAGCAGGUGAGCUGCAGGACCUGAGCGCAAAGAGAACGAGCUGGCGCAGCUGCAGGCGCCGCACCUCCCACGGAGGAGGUGGUUGCGACGAAGGACGCGCUGAGCGCCGACCAGCAGUUCCUGCUCGAGCUGGAGGAGAAGUGCAAAAGCGCCGUCGCUGA